AUGCUUCUGAAGAGCUUCGUGCUCACCGGCCUUGCUGCCGCUGUGGCAGCCAAGUCUGCUGUUCUGGAUCUGAUCCCAGCCAACUUCGACGACGUCGUCCUCAAGUCCGGCAAGCCCACCCUCGUCGAGUUCUUUGCCCCCUGGUGCGGUCACUGCAAGACGCUCGCCCCCGUCUACGAAGAGCUCGCCGCCGGCUUCGCUUCGAACAAGAACGUCCAGAUUGCCAAGGUCGACGCCGACGCCGAGAGAGAUCUCGGCAAGAGGUUCGGCGUUCAGGGCUUCCCUACCCUGAAGUGGUUCGACGGCAAGAGCGACAAGCCUACCGAUUACAAUGGCGGCCGUGACCUAGAGAGCCUCACCAAGUUUAUCGUGGAGAAGACCGGCGAGAAGGCCAAGCGCAAGCUUGAGCUGCCCAGUCAGGUCGAAUACCUGAACGACAAGACUUUCAAGGAGACCAUUGGCAGCGACAAGAAUGCCUUCGUUGCUUUCACUGCUCCCUGGUGCGGACACUGCAAGACCUUGGCUCCCACCUGGGAAAAGCUGGCUGAGGACUUCAUUCUCGAGAACCACGUCGUCAUCGGAAAGGUCGAUGCAGAGGCCGAGAACGCAAAGGCUACCGCCAAGGAGCAGGGCGUGUCCAGCUAUCCCACCAUCAAGUUCUUCCCUGCCGGCUCCACCGAGGGCGAGCUCUACAGCGGCGGCCGAACGGAGGCUGACCUCAUUGCUUUCAUCAACGAGAAGGUCGGUACUCAGCGUACCCCUGGCGGUGGUCUCACUGCCAAGGCUGGCACCAUCGACAUCCUGAGCCAUAUCGCCUUGAAGUUCGCCGCCGGUGGCGAGACUCUGUCUGCCCUGGCUGCCGAGGCCAAGAAGGCCGUCGAGGGCCUUGGUCAGGAUGCCCAGUACAAGUACGCCGAGUACUACAUCCGUGUCUUUGACAAGCUGUCCAAGAGCGACACGUACGUCGCCAAGGAGCUCGCUCGUCUGGAUGGCAUCAUCAAGAAGGGUGGCCUGGCUCCUACCAAGCUUGAUGAGCUUACAACCAAGACCAACAUUCUCAGACAGUUCAUUGACAGCGUCACCGAGAAGGUCACUGGCAGCAAGGACGAGUUGUAG